AUGCGCGUAAUCGCGAAAACCUUUGGAAUUCACGCGUUGACAGCGGAGGAUAUCAUGAUGCAAGAAGCGCGCGAGAAGGUGGAGCUGUUCCGCAGUUACUACUUUGUCAACUACCGGACCUUCGAACAAGAUACAAACAGCGAAGACUAUCUGGAACCGGUGAACAUGUACGUGGUAGUAUUCCGGGAAGGAGUGAUCUCAUUUCAUUUUUCGCAAACCCCGCACCCAGCCAACGUGCGACGACGCAUUCGCCAACUUAUGGACUACCUGAUUCUGAGCUCGGACUGGAUUUCCUACGCCCUGAUCGAUGACAUUACCGACGUUUUCGGACCUCUCAUCCAAGCCAUCGAGGACGAAGUCGACGACAUUGACGAAAUGAUUAUGCAGAUGCACCCGUCCAGUAAAGACGGUUCAUCCAGUGGAAGUCUGCAACCCUCCUUUGCACCGGGCGAAAUGCUGCGGCGAACAGGCGAGUGCCGAAAGAAGGUCAUGGGACUAUACCGUCUGCUCAGUAACAAGGCAGAUGUCGUCAAGGGGUUCGCCAAGCGCUGUAAUGAGCAGUGGGAGGUAGCGCCCAAGUCGGAGAUUGGUCUGUACCUUGGCGAUAUCCAAGAUCACAUCAUGACCAUGACAGGGAAUUUGACGCACUACGAAACGCUCCUGUCUCGUGCGCAUUCCAACUACUUAGCGCAGAUCAAUAUCCUGAUGAAUGAGCGUCAGGAGCAGACUGCCGAUGUCUUGGGAAAACUCACUGUCCUUGGUACCAUCGUGCUCCCCAUGAAUAUCAUUUGUGGUAUGUGGGGAAUGAAUGUUAAAGUACCCGGUCAGGAUAUAGAGAGCCUUACUUGGUUUUGGUCGAUCACGGGUGGUUUGAUAUUUUUCGGCCUUGCUUCGUUCCUGAUUGCCAAGCGAGUCUAUAAAAUUGUUUAG